CAAUAUUCCUGUGCUCUUAACCAUUCGGCGCGCCUGAAGCUAAUCCGCGUUGUAAAUCCCAAUCUGGAAUACACAUAGGGCGCUCAUGAUACGCCAAAUCCUUUCUGUCGCAGGUUCGCCAAAUUUUUACCGAGUCCAAUAUCAGCUAUAGAUGCACGGGCAAAAUGCUCACCCGGAGGCGGCCUCGCACAAAAGCGCAGACUCAGUUGGCAGUUUGAUAUCAACUACCUCAACGCUGCGGGAUGAUGGCGAGUCACCUCGCUGGACGGAGUCGUCUAAGGAGACUUCGUUAGAUCAAAUUAAUGAACAAGACCCUCUUUUAAUGCAAGACUCUUCAACCGUUCUACCUCCUGCUCCAGUCAACGAGGAAGAGCAGAGGCCGACCCAAGACAAGCAUGUCAAGCCUAAAACAGCGAAAUGGAAGGAUUUACCGAAGAAAGACCAACUUGCUCUGCUCACCAUAGCGAGACUGGCAGAACCUCUGACCCAGACCAGUCUGCAAUCCUACAUGUUCUACCAGUUGAAAUCUUUCGAUCCUUCACAACCAGAUGACAUGAUAUCGACUCAGGCAGGCAUUCUCGGUGCAGCAUUCACCGCUGCCCAGUUCAUAACUGCUAUCCCUUGGGGGCGAGCGUCGGACUCUGACAUGUUCGGGCGAAAGGUAGUGAUCAUUAUCGGUCUUCUAGGCACCAUGGUAUCUGCAUUAGGGUUUGGUUUCUCGCGAAGCUUUGCCUCCGCGGUUCUGUUUCGGGUCAUCGGUGGCGCAUUGAACGGCAACGUGGGAGUCAUGAGGACGAUGAUAUCUGAAAUUAUCAAGGAGAAGAAGUAUCAAUCUCGAGCCUUCAUGCUCUUGCCGAUGACAUUCAAUAUUGGUGUCAUCAUUGGCCCAAUACUAGGUGGUAUAUUAUCAGACCCUGUAACGCAGUAUCCUAAACUUUUCGGCAAAGACUCUAUCUUUGGUGGGAAGAGUGGCGUCUGGUGGAUGGAGAAAUGGCCGUAUGCACUCCCAAACCUCGUCAGUGCACUUUUUUUGUUCAGUUCAGCCCUCAUGUUGUGGCUAGGGCUGGAUGAAACCCACGAGGUGGUCCGACAUAGACUUGACCGCGGUCGACAGCUUGGUCGCUUUCUUGCAAGAUUGAUUCUUCGACGAAGACACGACACGACAAUGUAUACUUCUGUUCCGUUAACAGAUGGGACCGAGACUCCAGAUGAAGACGUUGAGUUACAGUCGCAUGUGGAAGUCGAGCAAGAACAACUUAAGAAACGCAGGAUACUGCCCCUACGGAGAAUCUGGACAAAGAAUGUAAUCGUGACGUUAUGUGCUCACGGAUCUCUCGCAUUCCAUGUUGGCACGUUCAACGCUUUGUGGUUUAUCUUCCUCAGCACGCCGCGAUACGACCCGAAGCACCCUCAGCCCCCAGCAUUGAAGCAUCAAUCCUUUCCAAUUCAUUUCAACGGUGGGCUGGCCUUAUCGCCAGCACAUAUCGGUCUUGCUCUUUCCAUCCUAGGUUCCAUUGGGAUUUGUCUUCAGCUUUUCAUUUAUCCCUCAUGGUCAGGUAGGUUAGGCGUUGUCAGAAGCUAUAGGUAUAGCUUAUUGUUGUUUCCAAUAUGCUACACAUUGGCUCCAUACUUGGCAUUGCUGCCCUCGACCUCUCAGCCACCCCACGAAGCGACGGGUAUCGUGCUCUGGGUAGGCAUAAUUACAGUCCUUACCAUCCAAGUCAUGGCUCGGACAUUCGCUCUGCCCGGCACCACUAUUCUCGUUAACAAUAGCUGUCCGCAUCCAAGUGUUCUUAGCACCUACCACGGAAUCGCCCAAAGUAUAAGUAGCGCAGUCCGCACAGUCGGCCCAGCGUCAAUGAGCUGGUUGUACGGACGCGGGCUAGUAUGGGGAGUCGUGGGCACUGGUUUUUGGGGUUUGGCCUGUGCGGCUAUCAUCAACAAUUGCGUUGGAGCUUUCGUACGUGACUCGGAUGGGCAUGAGAUCAAGCUUGAAGGAGAAUGAUAAAACGAUACGAUGCGAUGAAAUAUAUGAGGCACGUGGAAAUAGAAUGAAAAGUACGAUUAACAAUGCAAGGCCUUUUAACAAGUGAAAAGUCUAGAUGAGAAAAUAACUUGACUUUUCUUCGCAAUGGGAAGCGAAGCAAACAAACAAUGGAGCUAAUACAGAAAAAUCUUAUUUGGCGAAUGGGUAAAGCUUGAUAAAUUCAACGAUUAUCUUAGACAGCAUAGCAUAAGUUAGCAUUCAACCGGGC